GGAGACGCCGCAGGAUUUUGGAUGUUGCUCUCUGGUCGCUGUUGACUGGGGACGCAGUCGCCAGGUAUCCUGGGCUACACUGUCCGCUAGCGUUAAGUUUACGAAAAGCAUGACGACAGAAUAAAACUGCACGAUUCUGCGCUUAGGCAAGUCGGACAUCCCGGAGCGCAGAGUAUCUACGUUUUGCAGCGACAGCUUGUAAACAACCUCGCACACCGUGUGCUCGUCGCGGGACCUGUCUGUCUGAUGAAAGGUGGGCUAUACUAUGGCUGCUGCGCCACUGGAGGCGAGGAAGUUUACCCGGGGUCUCAACAAACCGGGAACCGCCGCAGAGCUGAGGCAGAGCGUCUCCGAGGCUGUCAGGACGUCAGUGUUGAUGGUAAAGCCAAAGAUCAUUGAGCCUCUGGAUUAUGAGAAUGUGCUCCUACAGAGGAAAACUGAGAUCAUCAGUGAUGUUCUCAGAGACAUGCUGCAGUUCCCCACAGACGACUUCCAGAUCUCCACCCUGCAGCGCCAGGGCCGGACUCUGUUUCCCACUGUGCCAGAGACUGCAGAGAAAGAAGCUCACUCACUGUUUGUCCAAGAGUGUAUCACGACCUACAAGUCUGACUGGCACGUGGUCAACUACAAGUAUGAGGAGUAUGCUGGAGACUUCCGCCAGCUUCCGAAUAAGGUAUUGAGACCUGAAAAACUGGUGGCUCAUGUGUUUGAGGUGGAUGAAGAUGUGGAAAAAGAUGAGGACACAGCCUCUCUGAGAUCUCAGAAAGGAGGAGUGUCUAAGCAUGGCUGGCUUUUUAAAGGCAACGUCAACGGUGCAAUCACUGUUACAAUGCGGUCCUUCAAGAGGAGGUACUUCCAUCUGGCUCAGCUGGGGGAUGGGUCUUACAACCUCAACUUCUACAAGGAUGAGAACACCUCCAAAGAUCCCAAAGGAACCAUCUUCCUUGACUCAUGCAUGGGAGUUGUUCAGAACAGUAAAGUGCGUCGAUUUGCCUUUGAGUUGAAGAUGCAGGAUAAGAGCACAUUUCUGCUGGCUGCAGACAGUGAAGCAGAGAUGGAGGAGUGGAUCACUACCCUCAACAAGAUUCUCCACAGCAGCUUUGAACAGGCCAUGCAGGAGAAAAAAAAUGGCGAUCUGAAUGAUGCAGAUGAGGAACAUGGAAAAACAGAACUUUCCACUGGAGAUUUUCAAGAAACCUUUCAGACUGCCAGAGAUAUUGAAUCUAAGAUGAGAAGUGAAGCUCGCCUCAAGCUGUUCACUCUGGACCCUGACACUCAGAAACUAGACUUUUCUGCCAUUGAGCCUAAUGUGCAACAGUUUGAAGAGAAGUUUGGGAAAAGAGUCCUGGUCAGCUGUCAUGACCUGUUGUUUAACCUGCAGGGCUGUGUUGCUGAGAAUGAUGAAAGGCCAACAACUAAUGUGGAGCCGUUCUAUGUGAUCCUGUCCCUCUUUGACGUCCAGAACAACAGAAAGAUCUCGGCCAACUUCCAUGUGGAUCUCAACCACCCUUUGGUUCGACAGAUGACAUCCAGUCAUGGUAGUGGAUCCAACCAGCAAAUCAGUGGCAGCAGUAAUGAUAGUGUUUUGGAACACAGGUUAGCUAGUGGGCUCCCAGAGGGGGCUGUCCGGUAUCCCAAACAGGGUAUAUUCUCAGUCACCUGCCCCCAUCCAGAAAUCUUCCUAGUGGCCAGGAUUGAGAAGGUCCUACAGGGAGGGAUCGCCCAUUGCACUGAACCCUACAUGAAGAGCUCUGACUCUGUUAAGAUGGCUCAAAAGGUGCUAAAGAAUGCCAAGACAGCUUGCGGCCGACUGGGCCAGUACAGGAUGCCAUUUGGCUGGGCUGCCAGGCCUGUGUUUAAAGAUGCAUCAGGCACUUUAGACAAAAGUGCACGAUUCUCAGCUCUUUACAGACAGGACAGCAGCAAGCUGUCAGAUGAGGACAUGUUUAAACUGCUUACCGACUUCAGAAAACCAGAGAAAAUGGCUAAGCUCCCUGUGCUCUUAGGGAACUUGGAUGUAACAGUUGACAGUGUGCCCCCAGAUCUAAGCAAUUGUGUCACUGCCUCCUACAUCCCUGUGGGGAACUUUGAAGGAAACGGGCAAAGCAGUGCUCUUCUGGAAGUGGAGGAGUUUGUGCCCUGUAUUGCUAAGUGUUCCCAACCAUUCACCAUCUAUAAAAACCACCUUUAUGUCUAUCCAAAACACCUCAAGUACGAUGGGCAGAAAUGCUUUGCUAAGGCAAGAAAUAUUGCUGUUUGCAUUGAAUUUAAGGAUUCUGAUGAGGAUGAAGCCCAGCCGCUGAAGUGCAUCUAUGGCUGUCCUGGAGGGCCUCUAUUUACUAAGCAGGCAUAUGCAGCAGUCCUCCACCAUCAGCAGAACCCUGAGUUUUAUGACGAGAUAAAGAUAGAGCUGCCUACUCAACUGCAUGAGAAGCAUCACCUUCUCUUCACCUUCUAUCAUGUGAGCUGUGACAGCAACAGCAAGAAGAAAGACGUGGUGGAAACUCCAGUUGGCCAAGUAUGGCUGCCUCUACUAAAGGAUGGCAGAGUUAUCACGAAUGAACAACAACUUCCUGUGGCUGCCAAUCUACCUGCUGGGUACCUCAGCUCCCUGGAUGGUGUGAACAAGCACUCUGGGUUGGAGAUCAAAUGGGUGGAUGGAGGAAAACCCCUUUUCAAAGUCUCAACUCAUCUUGUAUCCACAGUUAACACUCAGGAUCAGCACUUGCAUAACUUCUUUCACCACUGCGAAAGCAUGGAGAUGUCAGAACAAGCUUCGGAGGGAGAGCUUGUUAAAUACCUGAAGAGUCUCCAUGCAAUGGAAGGUCACGUGAUGGUAAACUUUCUGCCCACCAUUCUCAACCAGCUAUUCUGUGUCCUGACCAGAACCACACAUGAGGAUGUGGCUGUAAAUGUGACCAGGGUGAUGGUUCAUGUGGUAGCACAGUGCCAUGAAGAGGGACUUGAGCAUUACCUGAGAUCGUAUGUCAAGUUUGUGUUGAAGCCAGAACCCUAUUCUUUCACCAAUGUAAAAACUGUUCACGAGGAGCUGGCAAAAGCCAUGACAGCCAUUCUCAAACCAUCAACAGACUUUCUGACUAGCAACAAGCUUCUAAAGCACUCCUGGUACUUCUUUGAAGGUCUGGUGAAAUCCAUGGCUCAUUAUCUGAUAGAGCAUGGGAAGGUUAAGGUCUCCAGGAACCAGCGCUUUUCUGCAUCCUACUACCAUGCAGUAGAGACUCUGGUCAAUAUGCUCAUGCCACACAUCACCCAGAAAUAUAAGGACAAUCUCGAUGCAGCUCGCAAUGCCAACCACAGCCUGGCAAUUUUCAUUAAGCGCUGCUUCACCUUCAUGAACAGAGGCUUUGUAUUUAAGCAGAUCAACAACUACUUGAACUGCUUUGUUCCUGGAGACCCCAAGACCUUAUAUGAAUUCAAGUUUGAGUUCCUGCGGGAGGUCUGCAACCACGAGCACUAUGUACCUUUAAAUCUGCCCAUGCCUUUUUGGAAAGGGAGAAUACAGAGGUUCCAGGAUCUCCAGCUGGACUACUUGCUGACUGAUGACUUCUGUCGAAACCACUUCCUGGUGGGACUGCUGCUCAGGGAGGUGAGUGGUGCACUUCAGGAGUCCAGAGAGAUUCGUCAGAUUGCUAUCCAGGUGCUCAAGGGACUGAUGAUCAAACACACGUUUGAUGACCGCUAUGCUUCCAAAAGCCAGCAGGCCAGACUUGCCACUCUCUACCUCCCUCUGUUUGGCCUGCUUCAGGAAAAUGUUUAUAGGCUUGACAUCAAAGAGUCGUUGCCUCUCGACAAUCGUAAUGUAAAUAACCCACGAGAGGACUCUCCGGUACAGACCUCUAUGGUGACUCCUCAGAAACCUGGCAGCUGCAUAGAGAAUGCUCUCCACAAAGAUGUGUUUGGGGUCAUCUCUGGAACAGCCUCUCCUCAAAGUUCCACUACCAAUGCCAGCUCAGUUCACCAUGCAGACUCCAGAGGCUCUCUGGUCUCUACCGACUCUGGGAACAGCCUGCUGGGCAAGAGCAGUGACAGGACCAACUCUCUGGAAAAGAAUCCGUGUGCAUCAGCCCUGGGCAGCACUGUGCUGCGCUCUGACAAACUGGACCAGGAUGAAAUCAAAAACCUGCUUAUGUGUUUUCUGCAUAUCCUCAAGAACAUGUCAGAGGAGGCCCUAUUUACUUACUGGAGUAAAGCUGCUUCCUCAGAGCUAAUGGACUUCUUCACACUGAUACAAGUCUGCCUUUAUCAGUUCAGAUACAUGGGGAAGAGAUUCAUCGCCAGGAUCCAUGAGGAGGCGGGGCCUGUAGGUCCUGACAGGAAAUCACUGACUCUCCCUGUGUCUCGUAACAGAGCUGGGAUCCUCCACGCCCGUCUGCAGCAGCUGGGAUCUCUGGAGAAUGCUCACACCUUUAGCAACACGUACUCCUGUACGGAAGCAGAUGUGAGCAGCCAGUGCCUUCUAGAGGCCAGUGUGUCUACAGAGGUCUGUCUCACUGUGCUGGACACACUCAACACUUUCAUCAUGGGGUUCAAGACCCAGCUGAAUUCAGAUCUCGGUCACAAUCCCCUGAUGAAGAAGGUUUUCCAGGUGCACUUGUGUUUUCUGCAGAUACCUCAGUCUGAGGCUGCUCUCAAACAGGUCUUCACCUCACUCAGGACUUUCAUUUACAAGUUCCCUUGCACCUUCUUUGAUGGCCGGGCCGACAUGUGUGCCUCUCUCUGCUACGAAAUUCUCAAGUGCUGUAACUCCAAGCUGAGCUCCAUCCGUAGCGAUGCUGCCCACCUUCUCUACUUUCUUAUGAAAAGCAAUUUCGACUACACGGGUCGUAAAUCCUUUGUACGAACACAUCUGCAGGUGGUAAUUGCUGUCAGUAAGCUGAUUGCUGACGUCAUCGGCAUAGGGGGUAUGCGCUUCCAGCAGUCUCUCUCCAUCAUCAACAACUAUGCCAACAGUGACAAGACCAUCAAGCACACGGCGUUUCCUUCAGAUGUGAAGGACCUAACAAAACGCAUCAGGACAGUGUUGAUGGCCACAGAGCAAAUGAAAGAGCACGAAAAUGACCCGGAAAUGCUGGUAGAUCUCCAAUACAGCUUAGCCAAGUCCUACACCAGCACCCCUGAGCUCCGUAAAACCUGGUUGGACAGUAUGGCUCGCAUCCACAACAAAAAUGGGGAUCUUUCAGAGGCAGCUAUGUGUUACGUGCAUGUUGCCGCUCUGGUGGCUGAGUAUCUCUGGAGGAAAGAUGAAAGAUUUAUGGAACGUGAUAAAAAGCUAUAUGUCAGAGCUGGGGAUGUCUGCAAUCGAAAUUGUAAAUUGUAUACACUGCAAAUUCCUCCAACUCUAAAACCAUCAAUAAUUGUAAAAAAUAAACAGUGCAUGUUCAGGCAGGGCUGCUCAGCUUUCCGUGUCAUCACUCCGAACAUUGACGAGGAAGCAGCCAUGAUGGAGGAUGUUGGGAUGCAGGAUGUUCACUUCAGUGAGGAGGUGCUGAUGGAGCUUUUGGAGGAGUGUGCUGAUGGCCUCUGGAAGGCAGAGCGUUAUGAGCUCAUUGCUGAUGUCUAUAGGCUCAUCAUUCCCAUUUAUGAACAGCGCAGAGACUUUGAGAAACUGGCACACCUGUAUGAUACACUCCACCGUGCGUAUACUAAAGUGAUGGAAGUAAUGCAUUCUGGCAAGAGACUGCUUGGCACAUACUUCAGAGUGGCCUUUUUUGGACAGGCUGCGGGGUUCUUUGAGGAUGAGGAUGGAAAAGAAUACAUCUACAAGGAGCCAAAGUUCACUCCACUGUCUGAAAUUUCCCAGAGGCUCCUGAAGCUAUACUCUGACAAAUUUGGCCAAGAAAAUGUCAAGAUUAUUCAGGACUCUGGCAAGGUGAAUCCGAAAGAUCUGGACUCAAAGUACGCCUAUAUCCAGGUAACUCACGUCACGCCCUACCUCGACGAAAAGGAGCUGGAGGACAGGAGGACAGACUUUGAGAAGAGUCACAACAUCUGGCGCUUUGUGUUUGAAACACCGUUCACAAUGUCAGGCAAAAAGCAGGGCGGGGUGGAAGAGCAAUGUAAACGGCGGACUGUUCUCACCACCACCCACUGUUUCCCAUACGUAAAGAAGCGUAUAGCAGUCAUGUACCAACACCAAACUGACCUGAGCCCCAUAGAAGUGGCCAUAGAUGAGAUGAGUGCCAAGGUGAAUGAGUUGCGACAGCUGUGCUCGGCCUCUGAAGUGGACAUGAUACGCCUGCAGCUCAAGCUCCAAGGCAGCAUCAGUGUUCAGGUAAAUGCUGGUCCUCUUGCUUAUGCCAGAGCCUUCCUAGACAGCAGCAGUGCCAAGAAAUAUCCAGACAACAAAGUCAAACAGCUCAAAGAGGUCUUUAGGCAGUUUGUGGACGCCUGCGGUCAAGCGCUUAGCGUUAAUGAGCGGCUGAUUAAAGAAGACCAGCAAGAGUAUCAUGAUGAGAUGAAGGCCAACUACAGGAAUCUGACGAGGGAGCUGUCGAACAUCAUGCACGAACAGAUAAACCCAGUGGACGAUGGUCCAAGGAGCAAUCUGUCUGCUUCUAUGGGCAUCUUCAACACCAUCACUGGCACACCAACCAGUGCCAACCUACAGUACAUGGCUCGACCACCAUAUUCUGACAGAGAUGUUUGACAUCAAAAUUGCUGCUCCAUCACUACUAAUGACUGUUCAAACUACCUGAAGGAUCAGCUGAAAACCUUCAAAGAAUGUAACACUACCUAAAAACAUAAUUUGUUGCCGUUUUUUCUCCUAUUUUAUCUGAUUUCAAAAUUUUCCAGGUCAUAACCUGAAAAAUCAAUUCAAUGUUAUUCUGUUUUAUUUAUAUAGCGCCAAAUCA